CAGAAGGUAGCUAGCUAGAAAAACUGAUAGCGAGGAAGGUAUUGUCUGCUGCGUGGCCGAAAUAGAAAGGAAACACAGACUGGAAAACAUCAAGGGUUAGGCAAACACUAUUUUGGCACCGUGUACCGCGCUUUUACCUUUCUAUGAAGUCGAUAUAGCCCAAUAACUGGACCACAUGUUUACAAGAUUAAUUGAUAACAAGAAGCCGGAGCCAGGUUUGGGUCGAUUCUGCAAGCGGUUGGCAAUCGACUCCGCACAACAGGCGAAAGAACAAACCGUGGUGUGUGGCUACAACAGAAGACAUACGAGUCAGCGUCUAGCGGUCGCUAAAACAUCCGCCAGGGUCAUCUUGCCCGGUUAACUACAGUCCGAUUGUUGUUCGGAGCGCACUCCAUCCAAAUCCGGUACUGCGGGACAUUUAAGUCAGCAGCAAACCUCUGGAGUACUGAAGUCCCCAUCCACCCCUUAAUAUUCAACAUCUUCAGGAAAGGCGUGAAAGCCAGAGGAGACCAUGAACCACCUUUCCCUGAGUGAGCUGUGCUGUCUGUUCUGCUGCCCCCCCUGCCCGAGCAAAAUCGCCUCCAAGCUGGCGUUCCUGCCCCCGGACCCCACCUACACGCUGAUGUCGGACGAGAGCGGCACCCGCUGGACGCUUCACCUGUCGGAGCGGGCGGACUGGCAGUACUCGGCCCGCGAGAAGGACGCCAUCGAGUGCUUCAUGACGCGGACCUCCCGGGGCAACCGGAUCGCCUGCAUGUUCGUGCGCUGCUCGCCCAAUGCCAAGUUCACGCUGCUCUUCUCGCAUGGCAACGCGGUGGACCUGGGCCAGAUGAGCAGCUUCUACAUCGGCCUGGGCUCGCGGAUCAACUGCAACGUCUUCUCCUACGACUACUCGGGCUACGGCGCCAGCUCCGGGAAGCCCUCCGAGAAGAACCUGUAUGCUGACGUGGACGCGGCGUGGCAGGCCCUGCGGACACGGUAUGGGAUCCGGCCGGAGAACGUGAUCAUCUACGGUCAGAGCAUCGGCACGGUUCCGUCCGUGGACCUGGCGGCGAGGUACGAGAGCGCGGCGGUCAUCCUGCACUCGCCGCUCACGUCCGGCAUGAGGGUGGCCUUCCCCGACACCAAGAAGACCUACUGCUUCGACGCCUUCCCCAACAUCGACAAGAUCUCCAAGGUGACGUCACCCGUGCUGAUCAUCCACGGGACGGAGGACGAGGUCAUCGACUUCUCCCACGGGCUGGCGCUGUACGAACGCUGCCAGCGGCCGGUGGAGCCGCUGUGGGUGGAGGGCGCGGGGCACAACGACGUCGAGCUCUACGGACAGUACCUGGAGAGGUUGAAACAGUUCGUGGCGCACGAGCUCGUCAACUUGUAGAAGGACCUUCUCACGUUCGACAACUGUGAACUUUCAUCGACUUUUAGUUUAAAAAAUUUUUCCCCUUUUACUCUUUUUUUUUUUUCUUUUUUUUUCUUUUUUUUCCCAAUUGCACAGUGCAGUCAUGUGACAGAGCCUGGAAGUCUGAGGAUUCUGUCUGCAAGUCAUGUUUUCUGCCUUUAAAAACAAUGUCCAGGUUAUGAUUUGCAGACGCUGGUGGUGACUGUUUAAUGCCAGUAUUAUAGGACAAGUCUUAACACGCGGUCAGUCUGGCACGUUAUCAAACAGUUACAUUGCAGUCAAAUGUUUUUUUUUUUUUUUCCUUUUUAAAAUGAUUUUAAGUGUAAUUGUAUGAAAUGUAAAGGAGUACUGUAUGAAAUGUUUGAAACUCUUAAUUGCUGUGCCAGUGUUGCCAAAUGUUCAGCAUAUCGAGAAGAAAAAUUUAUACAAAAACGUUUUUAGAACAUCUCCAAUAAGCUGUACAAUUGUUUAGUUUUUUUUUUGCCCCUAGAGAUUUUAUGUA